GGCAGCGGCGCAGGUGUCGCGCCGGAGGGCAGGUGCGGGCGGCAGGUCCGGGUCAGCUGGGGGAUCGCUGCUCCCGAGGCCUCAUGAAGCCGCAGGAGCCGCCGGAGAGCGGCCCCGCCGCCGCGCUGGAGGCGCUGAAGCAGCGGGCGUGUGAGAGCGUGGAUCUGAACGCUGCGCGUCUGGGCGCGCUGAGCCGCGACAUCUGGAGCCGUCCGGAGCUGGCGUACGCGGAGCACCAGGCGCACGACGCCCUGACCCGCUUCUUCUCCGGCGGGGACCUGCCCGGCGCCGCCUGGGCCGUGCGGCCGCGCUACAAGCUGGGCACGGCUUUCCGCGCCGACUGGGGCACGGCGGCCCCCCAGGAGCCGCUCCGCCUCGCCUUCCUCUGCGAGUACGACGCGCUGCCCGGGCUCGGGCACGCCUGCGGCCACAACCUGAUCGCCGAGGUGGGCGCCGCCGCCGCGCUGGCGCUGAAGGCCGCGCUGGAGAGCCUGGCGGAGCCCGUGGCCGUGCAGAUCACGGUGCUGGGGACGCCCGCGGAAGAGCAAGGAGGAGGCAAGAUAGACCUGAUCAAGGCUGGGGCGUUCGAUGGCCUGGAUGUGGUGUUCAUGGCGCACCCCUCGCAAGAAAACGCUGCUUACCUGCCCGACGUGGCCGAGCAUGAUGUGACUGUGAAAUACUAUGGAAAAGCUUCUCAUGCUGCUGCUUAUCCUUGGGAAGGAGUUAAUGCAUUAGAUGCUGCUGUUCUUGCGUACAACAAUCUGUCUGUUUUAAGACAGCAAAUGAAACCGACCUGGAGAGUUCAUGGUGUAAUAAAAAACGGUGGUGUGAAACCCAACAUCAUUCCUUCUUACACUGAACUAGAGUUUUACUUGCGUGCUCCUUCAAGGAAAGAGCUUUCUCUUCUGACAGAGAAGGUUGAAAACUGCUUCAAAUCUGCAGCAGUGGCCACAGGAUGCAAGGUGGAAAUAAAAGGUGGUGAAAAUGAUUACUACAAUGUGCUUCCAAAUAAGAGCCUGCAGAAAAUUUACAAGGAAAAUGGAAAGAAGCUUGGAAUAGAUUUUAUAUCAGAAGAUGCUAUCUUGAAUGGUUUGUCAGGUUCCACAGACUUUGGAAAUGUUACAUUUGUGGUCCCUGGGAUUCAUCCUUAUUUUUAUAUUGGCUCUGAUGCAUUGAAUCAUACUGAGCAGUACACAGAAGCUGCAGGGUCACAGACUGCUCAGUUCUACACCUUGCGCACAGCAAAAGCUUUGGCAAUGACAGCACUCGAUGUCAUUUUCAAGCCAGGUCUGUUAGAAGAGGUCAGACAAGACUUUAGAGAGGUGAAGCUGAAAGAAGAGGAGCAAACAAAUCCUGUAGAACCUAAAAAAGAAUCUGGUGUUGAUGUAGGAGCGUGUGCAUCACACUAAACUUAAUUAAAAUAUUCUCAGUAGGAUUGACUUAAUGGAGAUGCUGUAUUUAAAUCCCAGUAGGGGCUGGAUAAAUACACAGCUGAAGAAAUGAUGAUUUAAUUUCAUUUGGACUUUAGGAGAAGUAAAUAGUAUUAUUGCUUUCACAACGUGAAAUUUCAUCUAGCUGCAAUGUUAGUGUUCACUAUGGGAUGAUUUUCUUACAGCGAUCUCAAAUAUGUUCUCUUUAAUUUGCAGUGUUGAACAAAUUAUAGUGUUCAGAUCCCUUGUCCGUGAUUUUCUAUGUAGUGCUAUAGUAAUAUUCCUUAUAAAGGAAGUAAUGUAGUUUUCUGUUCUAAAAUUAGCACUUUUCAUUCAUUGAUCAUAUGCUGAAUCUGAUCUGUGAAGCUUUUAUGAAAUUCCUGCUCAGUCAAUUUUCUUAGGACAAGAUGGAGAUUUAAAACAGCUGGUUUCACUGAAGAGAAGGGGCUAUGUUUGGAAAUAUACCUGGUUUUGAUAAUAGUAGCUUCUAGCAGUGGAAGGGGACUGUUUGUAUGGGAAUGCAAUUUGUAAAUAUUGAUUGUUGUGAAAUGCAUUGAUUUUCCUCCUAAUGAAUUUUAGAGGUGUUGUGGAGAAGCCGUGGAUCAAAAAAUUGGAAAGCAGCUAAAUGUUUAUUUGAUUAAAUUAAUACAUUUAAACUACUGCAGGAAAAAUUCUGCUCUGAGGCAAUACAGGUGUCCACACAAGGUGUAGCAUUAGCGUAACUGAUCUGAAGGAGGUGUAUAAAUUUAGCUAAACCGAUGGAAGUAUUUGUCACAAAGCUACAGGUGUGGUGCCAUGAAGCAAUAAAUGGUUGUGUGCAAGACCCUCUAGUAAGCUCAGGGGAGCUUGCAGUGAGGACUGCUGGUGCAGUAAAUGCCUCCUUUAACCUGUGUAUUCCUGUGUCCUAAGCAGCAGGUAUGUUAAGUCUGCCAGUUGUCCUUUCUGUGUGUUGUGUAGUUAUUUCAUUUAAUCCUUAUUUUGCUUCCCAGAGAUAUUAAUAAAACUGCAGUUUUAUUUAGAUGGUGUUCUGUGUGCCCAAACAUGUUAGGAUGUCUUUUAAUUCACUGGUUGAAGGAUCUCAUCAGUACACAGAAGAUAAGUCAGUGGGCAGAUGGAGUGAGAAAGCAACUUUACUGAUUAUUGUUUUUCUAAGCACAGGUACUACUGUAAGCUUCAGAAAGGAAGGCAG